GCAGGAGAUUUGUUUACUUCCGGACUCGAGGCGGCUGGCGGGCCCAUCUACCAGCUCGGCGCCGUCCCCCGCCCCCCUCCUGCCCGUCAUGGGGGAGGCCGAGGAGCAGGUGCCCGAAUCAGGUGCUAUAUUCACCUUUGGAAAAAGCAAAUUUGCAGAAAAUGUGCCUAGCAAGUUUUGGUUUAAAAAUGACAAACCUUUACACAUAUCAUGUGGAGAUGAACAUACAUCUGUUGUAACAGAAAAUGGUAAACUGUAUAUGUUUGGAAGCAACAAUUGGGGGCAGCUAGGAUUUGGAACAAAGAAUACUGUCAACAAACCAACUUGUGUGAAAGUUCUAAAACCUGAAAAAGUGAAACUAGCUGCCUGUGGGAGAAAUCACACUUUGAUCUACACAGAAAAAGGGAACCUAUAUGCUGCGGGGGGUAACAGUGAAGGACAACUGGGACUAGGAGACACAGAGGAAAGAAGUGCAUUUCAUCUAGUUAGUUAUUUCACUAGUCAACACCAGAUCAAACAGCUGGCAGCUGGAUCCUACACAUCAGCAGCAUUAACUGAGGAUGGACAACUUUUUAUGUGGGGAGACAACUCUGAAGGCCAAAUAGGCUUGGGUAAUGAAGCUAAUGUAUGUGUUCCUCAUCAAGUGGAUGUUGGAAAGCCUGUUUUCUGGAUCUCUUGUGGAUAUUACCACUCUGCCUUAAUAACAUGUGAUGGAGAACUUUAUACUUUUGGGGAGUCUGAAAAUGGGAAACUAGGUUUGUCACUUGAACAACUGAAAAACAAUAAAGUCCCACAGCUUGUUUCUGGAAUUUCAGGUAGAGUUAAUAAGGUUGCCUGUGGAGGAGGACAUACAGUAGCCCUUGCAGGGGGAGAGGUCUAUACCUUUGGCCUAGGCCAAUAUGGGCAACUUGGACUUGGCACAUUUAUCUUUGAAACUUCUGAACCAAAGAUGGUGGAUCAUCUGGGAAAGCAUAAAAUCCAUAACAUUGCAAGUGGAGAAAACCAUACAGCUUUAAUAACAGACAAUGGUCUUAUGUAUACCUUUGGAGAUGGACGGCAUGGUAAAUUGGGACUUGGGGAAGAAAAUUACACUAAUCAGUUUGUACCUACAUUAUGUUCCAAUUUUUUGAGGUUUACUAUACAUUUGGUUGCUUGUGGUGGCUGUCACAUGCUGGUUUUUGCUACUCCAAGGCCUAACAUAUCAGAUACCAUUCAUGUGCUAGAAGAAAAUGAACACAACUUACCUGUUCAAGUAUCCGAAAUGGGUGGAGAUGCAGACACCUUUCAGCAAACGUUUUCAGCACGUUUGAGACGGAGAGAGAAGGAAAAAUCACCAGAACAAUUUAGUCGACUGGUACGAACACUUCCUCCAUUGGGGAAAAUUACUCAGAAGCUUGCAUCAAGUGUUAUCAGCAGUACUGUUCCACUUGGUGGAACAACCCAUCCUGAUCGAAAUAAAGAAUCUGAAUCCAUUUUGGACCAUGAAACAGGUGAUAAGAAAGAGGAGAACAGUGAUACAGAGGACAGCUCAACAGAGAAUGAUUCAGAUGAAAAUGAAGGAAGAACCCUUGGUGAUACUACAGAUGUCUUAAAUAUGACCCAUGUGAUGAGGCUAAAUCCCAAUGACCAAUCGGUAGAAUUAGCACCAGUUCAAAAACAAAAGGAUCAACAAACAUCUGAUGAGGAAGACAGAAGUCGUAGUUAUAAUACUGAAGAAGUAGAAGAAGAGGAAGAAGAAGAAGAGGAGCAUCAACAAAAACAAUUUAACACUGAUCAGGCUCCUGAAGAUCAGGGAAAGAGCAGUAACUCUUUUGAGAAUGAAGAAAAUAAUCAGAUGGGUAUAGAAACAAUAGAGGAUCAAAAAACAUCUGAUGAAGAAGAGACUUGUGCUAGCAGUGAUGAUGAAAAUGUAAAAGACUGUGUUGAAAACAAAGAUGGUGAAAAAGAAAAAGAGAAGGAACAAGAUGCAACAGAAUAUUAUGAUGAUCACGCACUUGAUGAGGAGGAACAAAGCAGUAUAUUAUGUGAAAAUGAGGAAAAGAAUCUUACAAAUAUGGAAACAACAGAGAAAGAUAAACCUGUUCCAGAUAAUGACCCAGUUAAACAAGCAUGUGAGAAUCCUGAGAUUCAUACAGAGAAUAAUUCUUCACAAGCAAUUACAGACAAUCAAGACAGAACAUCUGGAAGACUACUAGAUAAGGCAAAAAGGUUUUCUUUUUUUAAACGAAGGUCUGUGAAGCAGAAAAAUGCACAUAGCUGUGAGGAAAGCAAACUUGAAAAGCUACCUCAAGGUGAACAGGAUACAGGAAAUCAAGCCAGUGUAUCUACUGAAAAGAGUAAAGAUGAAAACCAGAACCAUACUGGGAAGAAUCAAAGGGGAUCACCAUCAACAUAUCAGAACAGAAAGUCAUCCUCUACAUGUAUAGUUCUUUAGUAAUGAAUGUAUAAGGCUUGUAUAUACCUGAUGUCUUACAAGCAGAUACUGCAAUUUAUACAUGGAAACAAUAAUGGCAUCUAUGUAAUGAUUACAGUAUAUAUAUAUUUUUUGUAAAAUUUAGCAUUUUGGGACUGAUCUACAUUAACUUGGACCAACCUUCCCAUAUUUAUUUGUAUUCAUAAUUUUAGCUACUGCAACAAAAUGAGUAACACAGUCUUAUUGAUGUGUUGUGGCCUUAACUUUAAGUGAUUUUAAUAAAAUAUAUUUUUGUACAUCAGAAGUUGGA